CCCCACCACCCCUUGCCAGUCGUCAUUCUACUACCUUCCCUCCUCCCAACUCGAUCUCUCGUUCAUCUCUAUUCUCUCUCUUCAUCUCUCCGGUUUCUCCUCGUCUUCCACUCCAUUCGCAAUGGCCGACGCUACUUCGUCUGCCUCUGACGUUUCCAUCACCGUCAAAGGCCCUUCAGAGCUCAAACUGAGCAUCACAAUCUCCCCAUCCAAGACGGUCGCAGACCUCAAGGAUGCCAUUGCCGCAAAGUCCGACGUCGAGAAGGACCGCCAGCGCCUUAUCUACUCUGGCAAGGUCCUCAAGGACCCAGACACGAUCGCCUCGUACAAGAUUCAGAGUGGCCACACAAUCCACAUGGUCAAGGGCGCAGCCAAACCAGCUGCCGAGACCGCUGCCUCCCAGGCAGCCCGUCUCCCCACCAACAUUGGCACCGGGUUGGCCGCUGGCAACAUCGUCGAUGGCGUCGAGAACUAUCAGCACGGCCUUGCGGGUUUUAAUCCAUUCCAGGGCAUGGGUAUCGGCAACCUCAACGACCCCAAUGCGAUGACAGGCCUCAUGGACAACCCGGAGUUCCUGCGGCAGAUGAGCGAUCUUCUCGCGCGCCCAGAGGUUGUUGACCAGAUGAUUGCGUCCAACCCUCAGCUCGCAGCCAUGGGCCCGCAGGUCCGCCAGAUGCUGCAGAGCCCUAUGUUCCGCCAAAUGAUUAGCAACCCCGAGACUUUGCGCGCGAUGAUGCAGAUGCAGGCAGCCAUGCAGGGCGGUGAUGGUGGUGCCGGCGCAGGUGGCUUUGGAGGUUUCCCUGGCAUGUUCGGAGGCGGUGGCGCUGGCGGUGCUGGCACUACUCCGCAGAACCCUCCAACUGAGCCCUACCCCAACCUCUUUGCUGCACAGGCUGGAGCCAACCGCGCCGGUUCGCCGCCUGCGGGAGCGGCACCUGGAGCUGCCGGGGGCGCGGGCGCGGCAAACCCCUUCGCGGCGCUCUUUGGUGGUGGUGGUGCAGGGGGCGCCGGCCUGGGCGCUGGCGCCGGCGCUGGUGGCUUCAACCCGUGGGCAAUGGACCCAGCGAUGUUUGGCGGCAACCCCUUCGGUGCGCCGCCCCCGCCGGCUGACACCCGGCCUCCCGAGGAGAUCUACGCGACGCAGCUUGGCCAGCUGAACGACAUGGGCCUGUGGGACGCCGAGAAGAACAUUCGCGCACUGCGCCGUACGGGCGGCAAUGUGCAGGCUGCGAUCGAGCUCAUCUUCACAGGGCAGGUCGACAAUCCGUAAUCUGGGUUAAUAUCCGAGCUCGUCUAGUCAGUGUAAUACCCGCGCGAUUUUGCACGUUCUAUGCAUUGCUGCACUAUAGAUGGUGCAGACAUGGAUCUCACUCAACGGGCGAGAUUGAUUGUCUGACAGCUUGCAGCCAAACUCGACUCUGAACCGUGUUGCGGCCCUG